UAUAGUUUGUGAAAUCUGUGGUAAAAGUUACAGCCGGCAGAGUAAGUUUGUGGUCCACGUGAAAACUCACACAGGUGAGAAGCCUUUUUUUUGUGAAACAUGCGGGAAAAUUUUCCUUAGCCACAGUCAAUUGUCGAUCCACAUGAGAACUCACACAGGUGAGAAGCCGUUUUCUUGUGAAACGUGUAGAAAAUGUUUCUCUCUAUAUGGCAAUUUGUUGCGCCACAUGAGCACUCACACAGGUGAGAAGCCAUAUUGUUGUGAAACCUGUGGGAAAGACUUCAGUCGAAGAAAUCAUUUGUUGGAACACAUGAGAACUCACACAGGUGAGAAGCCGUAUUCUUGUGAAACAUGCGGGAAAAGUUUUGGUUAUCGAACGCAUUUAUUACACCAUAUGAGAGUUCACACUGGAGAGAAGCCGUACUCUUGUCAAACAUGUGGGAGAAGUUUCAGCCUGAAAAAUAAUUUACUGAGCCACAUGAGAACUCACACCGGGGAGAAGCCGUUUUCUUGUGAAACAUGUGCAAAAAGUUUCAGUUAUAAAAGGAAUUUGUUGCUCCAUAUGAGAACUCACACAGGUGAGAAGCCAUAUUCUUGUCAAACAUGUGGGAAAAGUUUCAGACGAAACGCUCAUUUGUCGAUCCACAUGAGAACUCACAUAGCUGUGAAGCCAUAUUCUUGUGAAAUGUGUGAUAAAAGUUUCAAGCAACAGUCUAGUCUGACCUCUCACAUGAGAAGUCACACAGGUGAGAAGCCAUAUUCUUGGGAAUGUGGGAAAAGUUUUGAUCAAUAG